CAGUGCGCUAAUUCCAAAAUGGCGGAUAUACCAUCGUUCGAUUUGAAACAAAUAAAAACAGACUUAAUAGUAGCACAGAGAGAGUGCUAUGAACGAAGACUUAUUCAUGCCUCAAAAUGGGCAGCUGAAAUGUCAAAGGCAAUUGAUGUUCAUGUGGAUACAAGAUCUCUUCUAAACAUCAAUGAACCAAUUGAGUUCUGGAAUGAUUAUGACAACUAUGUACUUGCAAAGAGCUAUUUUGAUGUGAAGGAAUACGACAGGGCUGUGCAUGUACUCAGAGAAUGUCAAAGCGCCAAGCCUUAUUUCCUGCGUCUCUACUCUCUCUACAUGUCAGACCAGAAACGUAAAGCUGAUAACAUGCCUGAUUCAAAUGCUCAAGCUGAAAACAUAGACAAUGAAAUAUUAAAGAUUCUACAGUCAGAGUUGUCAGACAAGCGUAACAGAAAAGAGCUAGAUGGGUUUGGUUUAUAUCUGUAUGGUGUUGUUUUAUCAAAGCUGGAUCUACAUGCUAUGGCUACAGAUGUUUUUGUUGAGUCUGUCACAAGAGAGCCUUUAAACUGGGCAGCUUGGAUGGAACUUGCUCACCAGAUCGCAGACAAAGAAACACUGUUAUCCUUACAACUACCUCACCAUUGGAUCAGGUCGCUAUUCAUGGCUAAAGUGUACAUGGAGCUACAGCUGCAUGAGGAUGCGCUGUCUAUCUACAGAACCUUUAUGGAUCGGGGGUUUUCUGAGAGCACAUACAUCGUAGCCCAGGUGGCUGUUACAUACCAUGACAUAAGGGAUGUGGAUUUGGCUGUCCAAACUUUUAAAACUUUAGAGUUAAUGGACCCUUAUAGGAUAGAAAAUAUGGAUAUUUAUUCAAAUCUUCUGUAUGUUAAGGAAAAAAAGAGUGAAUUAGCUCACCUUGCCCAUAAAUGUUGCACUGUAAACAAAUACUGUGUUGAAACCUGCUGUGUUAUAGGAAACUACUACUCUCUGAGGUCCCAGCAUGAAAAGUCAAUCCUCUACUUCCAGAGAGCCUUGAAGCUAAAUGCCAACUACAUCUCAGCCUGGACUUUGAUGGGUCAUGAGUACAUGGAGCUAAAGAACACAUCAGCAGCUAUUCAGGCUUAUAGAAGAUCUAUAGAAGUUGACAAGCGUGACUAUAGAGCCUGGUAUGGUUUAGGACAAACAUAUGAGAUACUUAAGAUGCCAUCAUAUUCACUUUAUUACUAUAGGAAAGCUCAGACAUUGAAGCCUAAUGACUCUAGAAUGGUGAUAGCUUUAGGAGAAUGUUAUCAAAAAGUUGACAGAUUACAGGAAGCAAAAAAAUGUUUCUGGAAGGCUCAUUGUCUAGGUGAUGCUGAGGAGAUAGCACUUUUCAAACUUGCUAAUCUGUAUGCCAUGCUUGGAGAGAAAGAGCAAGCUUGUCAGGCGUUUACAGAGUACAUAAGCCAAGCAGAUAGGAUGCUGAUUCACAACCAUGAAGAUCUGAGCAGGGCCUACCUUUACUUAGCCAACUACCACAUAGACCACAAAAACUGGGAUGAUGCUUAUGCUGCAGCUCAGAAAUGUACAGAGUUCACUGAGACCAGGGAAGAAGCUAAGGGUCUGUUGAGAACAAUACAGACCAAGAGAGGACAGGAAGUGGCUGGACCACUGAACAUGAACAUAGACGACAGUAUGGACAGUAUAGCACAAACUGAUCUGGCUAACCCUGGCAUGCCGAGGGCAUUUGACAGGGUCACACCUGUCAAUCUGAAAUUCACUCCCUGA